AUGAUUUCAUACAUUGGACCGGAGAUUCAGAAUUUUGUCAGCCGCUACCACGCUUUGCAUGAUCAGAAUGAUAGUGCAGAGAAAUUAAUCACGGAACUCAUAUAUCACUGCAACAAUGUCGAAAAUGAACUCCGCAAGGAAAGCCAGAGACUGGUCAACACUCAAAUGAACCUUGCAGAUGCUGUCAAUGCCCAAAGGGAGCUGCUCCAGCGCAUUAGGCAGUGUGAAGAUCGGGAAGAAAAUGCACAGGAAAAGAUGAGCAGGGAACUGGAUAAAGCAAAGCAUAAUCCUUACGUCAUGGUCCUGAUAGAUGGCGAUGGUCUUGUGUUCCGAAACACAUGGAUCAAACAAGGUCUUGAAGGUGGCAAAAAGGCCGCCAAUGCCUUGCUAUCCGCUGUACUGGAGAAAUUUGGCGACGAGGCUGGAGAUUUGGAAGUUGUCGUCAAAGUCGUCGCCAAUCUCGCCGGCCUGAGCAAGGCAAUGCAGCGGGAUGGUUGCAUAGACAAUCCAAGCCUCCUGAAAGACUUUACACUCGGCUUCACUCAAGCCAAGGCCACUUUCGACUAUAUUGAUGUUGGCUUUGGAAAGGAAAGGGCAGACCUGAAAGUCAAAGAAACGGCGAGGUGGCACCUGAGAAAUUACAACUGUCGACAUAUUCUGUUGGGCAUCUCACACGAUGCCGGCUAUGCUCCCUUCCUGGACGAAACCGUUCAGAACGAGGCCACUCGGCAGAGGAUCAGCAUCAUCGAGGGUAUCACGACGGUGCCUGAACUUUUCGCCACUAAAAUCGGCAUAACCAAACUAGGCGACGGUCUCUUCCGCGACGACAAACUCCUUGACAAAUUUCCCUUGUUUUCGCAGCCAGAUCCGGCAUCCAGUCAAUCAACGGGCACAACCUUUGUGACGGGCUCAACCAUUUCGACACCGACGAUUGCAAACGCGGCAUCUAGGACGGCAAGCCCAGCUAUCAGUGCCAGCUCUAGUCAAACUCGCACUCCGAUCAUUUCCUAUGCCAACAUCGUAUCGAGUGCCAGCCCACCCCCGCAAAUCACGCUCCCCUUGGCACCACGAAAGCCAGCCCGUACUCAAUCAGAGUCACAUUACAUGUUGAUCCCUCCGAGCACGCCCGAGGACUGGUACCCUGGCGCUCGCGGCUUAGACGAGCCCAUCAGAGUCAACACCCAGAUUCUGGAUGUUAUCAAGAGGCGAAAAGACGGCGACAAGCUAUGCAACAAUCACUAUCUCCGAGGGCCUUGCGCUAAGAGGGAUAUUUGCCCGUUUGCUCACGACUAUAAGAUCAGCGACGAGGAAAUGAAGGCAGUUGCUAUUCUGGCCCGCCAGAACCCAUGCUCGUCUGGCCAGUUUUGCGAACUCGAUGAUUGCAUAUACGGUCACCAUUGUCCCAGCAUCCGAGAUGGGGUCUGCCAGCACCCGUAUUGCAAAUUUUCAGAAGAAGCUCAUCCUCCCGGGACAAAGUUCAAAAACACCUUUAUUACUGCCAACUAG